CAAUGACAACAUUAGACCAGAAAUACGUCCCGAACACAUCGCUUUCACGAAGGGAUACACAUUAACUCAAACAGGGACUGUUUCCUGCUAUUAUUAUUUUUUUUUUGUUGAUUUAUUUUAACUCGACGUCAUCGAACCAGGAUGCCUUUCCUCGGACAGGACUGGAGGUCGCCGGGUCAGAGUUGGGUUAAAACCGAGGAGGGGUGGAAAAAGACCACAGCAGACGAGAAAAACAACAACAACAACGUCUCCGUGGAGAGCUUCUGCAAAGCCGAGAAGGAGGAGUGUUUCAACAAGGAGAACCUGCUGCUCUCUCUUAGCUUCGACAUGUCUGCCAAGAAGAGGAAAAAAGACCAAAUGAACAACAACACCAAGGUCCCCUAUUUCCACAGGGAAAACUGGAUUUAUGUUCAUAAAGGAAGCACCAAGGAGCGCCAUGGAUAUUGUACACUGGGAGAGGCCUUCAACCGCUUGGAUUUCUGCAAUGCCAUCAAGGACACGAGGAGAUUUAAUUAUGUCGUCAGACUUCUGGAGCUUAUCGCCAAGUCCCAGCUCCCCUCGCUCAGCGGAGUGGCGCAGAAAAACUACAUGAAUAUUCUGGAGAGAGUGGUACAGAAAGUUCUGGAUGACCAGCAGAACGUUCGCCCCAUCAAAGAGCUGCUGCAGACGCUCUAUGUCUCCCUGUGUGGUCUGGUUCAGGACAUGGGCAAGUCUGUCCUGGUGGGGAACAUCAACACCUGGCUGCACCGCAUGGAGAACAUUCUGCAGUGGCAGCAGCAGCUAGACAACAUCCAGAUCAACAGGCCCACAUCUACCGGCAUGACCCUGACCGACCUGCCUGUCAGUCUCCAGUUGAACAUCAUGCAGCGUCUGACGGAUGGCAGGGACCUGGUCAGCCUGGGCCAGGUGUGCCCCGAGCUGGGGGGCCUCACUGAGGACCGGCUGCUGUGGAAGAGACUCUGCCAGUACCACUUCACAGACCGACAGAUCCGGAAGCGCCUGAUGGUGUCAGACAAAGGGCAGCUGGAGUGGAAGAAGAUGUACUUUAAGCUGAGUCGCUGCUAUCCUCACAGAGAGCAAUACAGUGACACCCUGCACUUCUGCACACACUGCCACAUCCUUUUCUGGAAGGACACAAACCAUCCCUGCACAGCCAACAACCCAGACAGUUGCACCAUGUCCCUCUACCCUCAAGACUUUAUUAACCUUUUCAACUUCUGAUCCCGAAUCCACAU